CCCGACAUCUGGCGAGAGACGGCUUUUAAAGCUGCCGAUAAAUUCACACACCGAACCGGGGGAGACAUCCAUCAAGCCUCCGGUCCGCAACCGAACCAGGCGCUGUGGCGAAGCCAAAGAAGAGCACCGAGAAUCGGAGUAAACAUGAGACAGGAGUAAAGACCUGCUCAGAACAUGCGCUGAGAUGACAGUCCAAUAAUUUACUCCAGACAGGGUUCUAACUACCACCCUGUACCACCCUGUACUCUGACUCCACGUCAAAGGAAAGAGGGGACCCAGACAUUCCUCAGAUCAACCCACUGCAGUCUUCUCAACUCAGAGUUUCAUCCAAACUCCGGGAAUUUCCUCUCAACGGCCACAAACUACCAUGUAUCGGUCCACCAAAGGAGCGUCGAAAGCUCGAAGGGACCAGAUCAAUGGAGAGAUUCGGAACCUCAAGGACUUGCUCCCCAUCACCGAUGUGGACAAGGCUCGACUCUCCUACCUACACAUAAUGUCUCUGGCCUGCAUGUACACGAGAAAGUCGGUGUUUUUCAACAAAGAUGCUCCUACCACUGACAGCCCCGAGGAGAGCUUUUUCUCCUUUCAUGAACUGUCGGAGUUGUUGCAUGAAAUGCCAGGAUUCCUGCUUCUGGUGACGGGGGAGGGAAAACUGCUGUUCUUGUCAGACAGCGUAUCUGAACAUCUUGGCCACUCAAUGGUAGAUCUGGUUGCCCAGGGAGACAGUGUGUAUGACAUCAUCGACCCCACGGAUCAUUUCAUCAUGAGGAAUAAUCUGGUGCCUCCAACAACCCCAGAGACAGAUCGCUUGUUUCGCUGCCGCUUCAACACCUCCAAGUCGGUGCGUCGUCAGAGUGCUGGAAACAAGCUGGUGCUGAUCCGCGCUCGCUGCUUGACCCCUCCCGUGGCCCCCACCUCCUACUGGACCUCCAACCCUGUGUGGGUGUGCUUCUGCUCCCCGCUGGAGCCCCACCCUCCCCGGCCGGGCCCGGCUCCCGCCCCUGAACCCGAGUCCUCCCGGCGUCCGGACACGGAGGACAACCUCUUCUUGGCCUGCUUCUACUCCCAGCACAGCCGCGACAUGAGGCUGCAGGAGGCGCAAGACAGUGUGAGUGACUACCUGGGCCUGGAUGUGGAGACGCUGCGCUCCCGCUCGUGGUACAGCCUGCUGCAUCCCCAGGACCUCACACACGCUUCCGCCCAGCACUGCAGCCUGUUGAGAGAAGGAGGAGAGGGCCGAGUUGAGAUGGUGGUGCGGGUGGAGAGCGCCGAUCACUCCUGGGUCUGGCUGUACAUGGUCUUGCAGCUGGAGGCUGGAGAACACCCCAUCCGCAGCAAUAACUUUGUCAUCAGUGAGUCUGAGGCCUGGUCAGUGAGACAGCAGCUGAGCACCGAGCAGAGUCAGCUCACCCUGGUGCUCGGCUCGUCCAGCACCUCCCAGCCGGAGGGCACCAGUCUCCAGUCCCCCGGGACCCUCUCCAGCCCAGACCAGGUGUUCACGCCGGGCAGCAGUGGCCUCUCCGGGCAGUCCUUUGACUUCAGCACGGCCAUGUGCAGCAGCAGCGAGGAGCAAGCCAGCAGCUCCAAGACGACGGCCGAGGUGGGUGGCGAGGGCCCCCGCUCCAGCCUGUCGUCCCUGGAGGAGGAGAGCUUCUUCCAGCAGCUUCCUCCCAGCGGUGCCGAGCCCCUGGUCAGCCCGUCCGCCGCCUCCUCGCCCAUCCCGGUCACCGUGGCCACCGUGCCCGAGCUCGACUUCCUCACCCAAAACAUUCUGCUGCCGCCGUCCUUCCAGCUGGAGCCGCCGGUGCCCGCGCUGCCCCUGCCACUCCCGCCCGUGCCCACCACGCAGGCCCAGCAGACCAAAGACCUCGUCUGCACGCCGCCCUACACCCCGCAGGUGAGCAGCGGGAGCAACUUCCCCUUCGGUGACCCGCUCUUCAGCUUCGACCCGUCCGGCACCACCACGCCUCCCCCGGGCUCCCUCACCACCACCGUCACCACCACCACCACGAUCUCCCAGUCCUCGCCCGGCAAACCCGCGGGCAGCACCCCUCCGCCCACGACCACCCUGUCCACUCUCCUGCCUCUCUCCUUGACCACGCCAACCACCGAGCUGCUCUUCCCUGUAGAUCCCUGCAGUGGCACCCUCUAUGAGAAGCUGCCUCCCACUCCCGACAGCCCAGGGGACGGUGACUGCACCGUCAUGACCCUUCCCGAGGUCCGCGGGCCCCUGUAUGUUGACGUGCCAAUGGGACCCCUCCACUGCCCCCCCGAGGGUCUCCUGACCCCUGAGGCCUCACCUGGCAAGCAGCCCUACCUGUCGUUCUUCUCCCUGGAGCCCGAGCGCGAGCGGGAGAAGAUGGAGAUCUCCCUGUUGGCUGAGCACAUCGGCACCCUGGCCGAGGGUCUCUAUCCUGACCCGCUCUACUCCAAGCUCAUGACCUCCUCCACCUCUGAGCCCCCGUCCCACCCCACGCUGGACCCUGUGGGCCUGGACUCGCUCUUCUCCCUGCUGGGGGACUUCUAUCCCAUCAAGUCCUGGAGGGGCUUGGAUCUCCCCAUCUUCUCCGACGAAGACUCUCUGUUUGAAGAGAGAAUUCUCGAGAGCCUCCUCCAAGACCUCGCCACGUCUCCAUGCCCUUCUCCGACGCCUUCCCUCUCUUCGCCCACCCCGUUCUCUCCAUCUUUCUCCUCCUCCACCUCCACCACCCCCUCCACCACCCCUUCCACGUCUCCCUCCACCCCAACAUCUCCCAUGUGCUGGCAUCCACUCCUGCACUUUGACGGGGCCUCUGCCGCAGGCGCCAGUCACUUCUGUAGCGUCCAAUCGGCGCGCCGUAACCAGGCAGCCGGCUGCGGGGCGGUGACGGAGCGCGCUCCAACUCCGGGGGAUCAGGCCAACUGCGAAGAGGAGGCUGAGGUCGCCAUGGAGAUAGAGGAGUCACCUCUGUUGUCCAGCGGCGUCCCCAUGUCGCCUCAGCUGGUGGCCUCGUCCGUGUCAGCCUCCCCCCCGCCCGUCAGCCCCGUCCAGCCUGGCCUGCCCUGCGCCCAGUCCCUCCUGGAGGAGCUGGCCGCCCUGGAACCCAUGUUUGGGGCAGGUGCCUCGAUGACCCCUGGCCUGGGGCAACAACCUGAGUUGUAUCAACUCCAAUGUCACCCUAUGCCUCAAUGCUUCCACAAAGAUGGGAGCGGUAGUGAUCCUCCGUUCUAAAAUAAGUCUGUGACUUACUUCAUUAAGUAUGGCAUAUUGUCAUAUUUCAUGGAGAUAAUCUUCACUUUUUAGUGAAAGUAUCAAAGUGUAUAAAUAUAUACAUAAUGUAUUUAAUACAAAAAGGACUUGAACCUCCUCAUAUCUUCUGCGAGCAAUUCAACAUCCUAUUUUGUUCAUGUGCUAAUCUGUGUUAUUUCUGUGUAAAAAAUGGUGCGACAUUCCAACAAUGGUGCAUUAUAACUAGCUGUAUGACCUAGGACCUAAAAGGAACUUGGGAAUCAGUUAACCUUUCAAUGCUUUUAUCUGUGAGUAUCAUCAGUAUCAGUUUAACUUAUCAAAAAAGGAACAGUCAGUGAGUUCUAUGACCUUGUAAGUGCAACAUUGACUUACAGACGCACAUUUGUAUUCACUCGUAGUGAAAAUACUCUGUUGUGAACUUGACAUCAUUCCUAUUCAAUAGGAGAAAAACAAUAGCAAGCUCAUAGCUCAAUACAUAUCAUGCAGUUCCACAACCACAAACCCCCAAAUGUGAGGAAUCAGUGUUUACCAUUUUCUUUUCAACAAACCUUGUGGAACCAAGUUAAGUGACACACCAAAGAGGACAAUCUGCAACAGAGAAUAGUCUGAAGUAGAAUUAAUUUCUAGAAUAAUAACAAAUCUUCCAAGCACUUCCACUAAUUUUGACUCUGGUGUCAAAUUGCACAAUGAAUAUGCUUUCCGGAAACACUUGGGGAUUUGAGUUUGUGGCUGCAUUGAUUUUUACAUUUGACUUGAUUUCUCUGAACUUGUGUACAACUUGUGUGAUGACAUAAUGAUGUACGAAACAUUUCUCAAUAUGUGAAGAUGUCUCUCUCUCUCUGUGUGUGAGGAAAAGAACACUUUCCUACAGUUUAAAAAAAAAAAAAGAUGCAACCGCAUCAAAAAAUCGAACAAAAAGGGAAGAGGACUCCGGUUACCGUGACACACUCUUCCUGAGAAGGACAGAAAUCUGUGCUGUGUGUGUGUUGUGCACACACACUCCCAAGAUUGAUGUACGGUUUUGUUCCAUUCUUAGGGGGUGAGUUUCACUUCUCCUUGAAUGGCAACACUCUGGCUGGGCUACAUGCACUUGCACUGGGUUCCUUGCAGCAUCCAUUUUUGUAAUGCUGUUAAACUUUUGUUAGAAGCUUUUGUUCGCCUGGUAAAGCUUCGGUCUACCAUGUUCAGUCAGGCUGUCGUUAUGAAUAUCAUGGUAACAUCGCAGCGAUUAUCGGUGUGGUGUCGAUUGGUAGUGACCUGUGUGUAUGGGCAAUUCUUCUUUUUUGAGAGGGGUUUAAAAAUACAAAAGUUUUGUUUAAAAAAUGAACUGGAAAUUAAGGGUUUGGGUCACUCUUUCUAUUCCGUUACUACUCGACAUGGGUUUGAGAAAGGCUCCAAUCCCAUGGUGUCGACAUGCUAACGUAGAGUUGUCUACGGUCAAGUAAAGGAUUGAUUCCUACGUUCUAGCUAUUUAAACGCUAUGUUUUAAAAAAAGCAUUAUAUUGUAUGUGUGCUGUUUUAAAAAAAUAGAUACACAUGCAUGUGCCUGUGCAUCUAUAGAUACAUGCUGAAUGGCUGGGGGUUGUGCACAUUUGUAUAUUUGUACACUUGUAUAAAUCUCUACUAUUCUGUACAUAUCAGAGACAUUUCUAUUAUAUGAAAAAGAAAUACAUACUUGGCAUAUGCUAUUUAUGACGAAUGGACAUUGUGGAUCAGUGUUCUUUUGUUUGUUUUCCCAAUAAGUGUAUUUGGUUGUUAAAACAAAUGCAUUUAUAUUAAAGUGCACUUAAAGCGGC